GUCCGCUCAGGCAAUCUGAGGACAGCAGUGGUAUAGAACUGUAUUCGACAUCAUGGGCAUUUUCAGCAGCGACAAAGAAAAAGGUCGCGACUCGUCGUCGGACCCCGGCCAAGACUUGGGAGAAGGCUUUUCCGCCGAUAACAGCGACCAGCUGCAACGACAUCUGGGAAACCGUCAGAUCCAGCUGAUUGCCAUCGGAGGCUCCAUUGGUACUGCACUGUUCGUGAGCAUUGGCAAUGGCCUGUAUCAUGGAGGUGCGGCGAAUCUGCUCCUCGCCUUCUUGGCGCAGAGCAUUGUCCUGGCCAUGGUCAACAACUGCGUUGCAGAAAUGACGACUGCUUUUCCCGUCAGUGGAGGCUUCAUCCGACAUGCUGGUCAUUGGGUCGACGAUGCGCUGGGCUUCAUGGUUGGAUGGAACUUCUUCUUCUACGAGGCACUACUGAUUCCCUUUGAAAUAUCUGCAUUUACUCUGGUGCUUUCCUACUGGAGUCCUACCGUGACCGAGGCGGGACCGACUGCCGGUAUCAUUAUUGGUGUCAUCUGCAUAUAUGCCUUCAUUAAUAUCCUGGCUGUCGGCGCUUUCGGUGAAGCGGAAUUCUGGCUCUCGGGAGGCAAGGUCGUCCUGAUCUUUAUGCUGUUCUUCUUCACCUUCAUUACGAUGGUCGGAGGAAAUCCGCAAGGCGAUGUUUAUGGCUUUCGAAACUGGACAAUGGGAGGCGCCUUUCGUGAAUACAUCGCGGACGGAGACCUGGGCCGCUUUGAAGGUUUCUUAGGUGGACUCAUUUCGGCUGUUUUCACCGUCGUCGGCCCAGAGUACAUCUCGAUUGUGGCUGCUGAAGCUAUGAGACCUCGCACAUACAUCAAGGCCGCUUUCAAGAUGGUGUACGCUCGAUUUGGAAUCUUUUUCAUUGGAGGAGCUCUUGCCGUAGGCAUUGUCUGCCCCUCUCGCGACCCAAAGCUGGCGGACGUAGUCCUCAAUGGAAGCAGCGGCUCUGCGGAAGCAUCGCCAUAUGUGAUCGCCAUGAACAAUCUUGGAAUCACUGUUCUUCCAGACAUUGUGAACGCGCUGAUUCUCACUUCAAUCUUCUCCGCUGGCAAUACUUAUACAUAUUGUGCGGUCCGAAACCUGUACUCCCUGUCUCUGGAAGGGAGAGCACCAAAGUUCCUCCGACACUGCACAAAGAAGGGUGUGCCCAUUUACUGCUUCGCCGUAGUGAUGGUCUUUCCUUUGCUCUCAUUCACAUCUGUGUCAAGUGGUUCUCGCGUAGCUAUCACCUGGUUUGCUAGCUUAGUGACUGGAGGAGGUCUGAUCAACUACAUUACGAUGUGCAUCACUUACAUUCGAUUCCAUCAAGCUUGCAAAGUGCAGGGACUCGACCGCAACACGCUGCCGUAUACCGGAUACUUGCAGCCUUACUGUGCUUACUUUGGACUCGUCUGGAUGUUCAUCGUCACUUGCAUCUAUGGAUACACUUCCUACUUGCCCUGGAAUGUGUCCAACUUCUUCUCCAACUACACGAUGCAGCUAUUCAUUCCUCCGUUGUUCCUGAUCUGGAAACUGAUUCACAAGACCAAAUGGAUCAAGUCAGCGGAAGCAGACUUGGUCUGGGAUCGUCCCAUCAUCGAUGCAUACGAGGAGACGUUCCUUCAUCCACCUGUCGGAUUCUGGACUGAGAUGGGUCACCUGGUUGGGAUCAAUAGGAAGAGAGACAAGGCCUCCGAUCGACGAGCAAGUGUCGUGCAAGAAGACGUAAUGCAAGUUCAGACAAACUUGAAUGCGAACUUGCGUAAGUGAGCUAGAUGACGGGCCUUGCCGCAUCAUCUGCGGGCCCCCAGAUACCACAUUAGAGAGAUAGCAGACGGAACAGACUCUGCUUCCUCAAUGAUCUCGCGAGAACAGUGUUUUUUUGCGUUCGUUGUGCUGGGUGCAACGGGCUUCUUGGAUAUCAAAGGCUUCAGCUGUAUUGCCCUGUCUAUUACCGAUUACAUCAACCAGUACCCACCACCCUUCGACCGAGGGACUCCACGAUCUGCCAGGCGGAGCAGAAGCCCAUCAAGACCGCAGCGACACACGACUUUGGUCGACAUUGAGAAUGCGAAUCUCGUUCAUUGACUACAUUGAUACCCAUCCCAAGAGUAUACACGAGUCGUUGAUCUACAGAGAGUUGGAGCCAGGUGGCCACAUCAUACACAUGAGGGGACGUAUAGGACAUGAAAGCAUGUCUCCGCAAAGAUGCCUCAAAAAGAAGAAACUUCAGAAAAGAUGCCCUGUAAUUCCAGAAUAUCACCACAACAACGAUAGCUCGAGAAAUGGCUCUAGCACCGAUGUUUCCUUUUCUUCUCGACUACGAGGUCACCUAGGUACGUAUAGUAGUAUACCCAGCGGUACCCACCCACCUAAGGUACCUAGCUAGGCCGAAAAUGAUAUAAAUAACC